ACAGUAGAUUGAGCAGCUGUACCGUUAGCAGCGGCAGAGGAGGCAGCAUGCUAUAAGGAAGGAAAAAGACCAGAGAAGCACAGUUCCACUCUGAAGAGAGGCUGGCACCGUGACAUUGCCCUCCUCCACCUCCUCCUCCUGGAAUCCCGUUAUAAAGUGACGGUUAAAAUGUGCUGAGCUUCUGUUCUCGGAGUUCCGUCGGUCUAUUCGCGGUAGAGUAGCCCAGUCUAGGGUCAACAAAGCGACACAUAACCGCCGUUUAUUUUUGUACUGAGCGCAAAGUCGGAGGAUUCUGGAACCGAGUGACAACGGCAAGAAUUUCUCGGAGCGUCGAGAUGAACACGAACGAUGCAAAGGAGUAUCUCACUCGGCGGGAGAUACCUCAACUGUUUGAGAGCCUAUUGACAGGGCUGAUGUACUAUAAACCUGAUGACCCCAUAGACUACCUGGAGGUGUGUCUGAAAAGGGUUCGGGAGCUGGGCGGACCAGACCAGGUGCGGUGGGACACCUUCAUCAGCCAGGAGAAGAAGGCCCUUCCUCCCCUUAAUGGAGGACAGUCCAGGAGGUCCUUUUUCAGAAAUGUGCUCCCAGACAGUCCCAACUUCCCGUACAGACACUACGACCGCCUCCCUCCCAUCAGCCAGUUCUCCAUCGAAAGUGAUUCGGACCUGUCAGAGACCGCUGAACUCAUCGAGGAGUAUGAGGUGUUCGACCCUUCUAGACCACGCCCCAAAAUCAUUCUUGUCAUUGGGGGUCCUGGCAGUGGUAAAGGCACUCAGAGCCUGAAGAUCGCUGAGCGCUAUGGUUUCCAGUAUGUGUCGGUGGGAGAGCUGCUCAGGAAGAAGAUGAUUCACAACGCCACCAGCAACAGGAAAUGGAGCCUGAUUGCCAAGAUCAUCACCAAUGGGGAACUGGCACCUCAGGAGACAACCAUCACUGAGAUUAAGCAGAAGAUCAUGAAGAUUCCAGACGCCAAUGGGAUUGUGAUUGACGGUUUCCCUCGUGAUGUAGGACAGGCGCUGUCCUUCGAGGAUCAGAUCUGUAGUCCAGACCUGGUGGUGUUCCUGUCAUGCGCUAAUCAUCGUCUGAAGGAGCGCCUGGAGAAGCGCGCCCAGGCGACCGGCCGCCCGGAUGACAACCCAAAGGCGACGGAGCGACGCCUCACCAACUUCAAACAGAACACCAUUCCCCUGGUCAAGUACUUCCAGGAGAGGGGGCUCAUCAUCACGCUGGAUGCAGAUCGAGACGAGGAGGAGGUGUUCUGUGACAUCAGCAUGACGGUUGACAACAAGCUGUUUCCCUCCAAACAACCCAUUGCUGGUCCCAGUCAGCUGGAUCUCAGUCUCCUAGGAGACACAAGCAGUCUGGCCGACAUCCCUUUCAAAAAUGAAGAGCAGGUUGAAGAGGAAGACGAGGAAGAGGAUGGGAGUGUGGUGGGUUGUGCCAUAGGGUCUACACAAGGUCACCACUCAGAGAGGACGAAACUUAAGGUUGUCUUCCUGAUAGGUGGGCCUGGUUCUGGGAAGGCUGUGCAGUGUGAGCGGAUGGAGGAGCGCUUUGGACUGCGUCGUUUGUCUCCUGGGGACCUCCUGUGUUCAGAACUACGGUCAAACAGCGAAAGAGGACGCUUCCUCCGAGACCUGCUGGAGAGUGGGGAGAUGCUGCCUGAGGACACACUGCUGGAGCUGUUAUGUGAGUCUGUUGUGUUAUCUCUGCAACAUGGGAGGGGCGUGCUGGUCAUCAACUUCCCCCGGGACAUAAGGCAAGCUGAGGAGUACGAAGCCAAGAUGGGGCAGCCCAGUGCUGUGGUGAUGUUAGACUGUUCCCCUGACACCAUGUCCCUGAGGCUGCAGAGUCGAGCGCUGUCUCGCCCCGCCCCCCACGGCACUGCAGCUGCUCCACCCCCAGACCUGGACAGCGCAUCCUACAGGAGGGUGGAGGAUUUUUCCAGUGUCUGCCAUGCGGUGACAUCUCACUAUGAGCGCAGGAGGCUCCUCCACAAGAUCGAUGCUGAGACGUCUCCUGAAGAGGUGUUCGCUCAGAUCUGCAGGGUCAUGGACUCCUGUUAGAGGAACUCACCAACUCCAGAACUACAACUACUGCUAUGCUACUACUAUUACUACUACUGCUACUAUUACUACUACUAUUACUACUAAUACUUCUGCUAUGCUACUAAUACUACUACUAAUACUACCACCCUGUAGUUCCAAAGGGGCACUGAACUAUCUGCACCUCGAAUAUUCUCUAUAUAGUACACUACUUUAAACCAGAGACCUAUUCCCUGUAUAAUACACUACUUUAUAUCAGACCUAUUCCCUAUAUAGUACACUACUUUA